GCGAAACCCCCAGCAGACGAAGCGGCCCAUUCAUCUGGCUUCACACCGCGCAUCCAGGUACCAGUAGCAGUAGCAGUAGCUCGGCGCAGCAGCAGGCACGAUGCAACUCCACAUGCGAACGCAAGGUACGGGAGGCGCGGGGAAGCUGGAUCUUCGCCCUCAAGUUGCGCGCAACGACUCGCUGCGCUGACUGCCGGAGGUGGGAGAUUGCUAACCGCCGUGGGUGAGUAGCAGUCCUCCGUUCGUAGCUCGCCGCUCACGCACGUCAAUCCGCGUUCUGGAUCGCUUCCACUAAGCGCACACGUUUUUCAGACUCUACCCUGCGCACAUCACCCGCGAUGGCUCCUCUGACGCGCGCCACUGCACUGCCCGCGCAACCAUCCGCCGCACGUCCAGACGAUUCCGCCGCUAACCCACCCGCGGCGCAGCCCAUGCGCGCAACCCCGCGAGUCCUUCCGCUCGCAGCUCUUUCCACGCGCCCCUCUCCCUCCCAGCCGCUCGUGGGCGGAUCCGCGCCCGCCAAGCCGGGGGGGCCGUUGCGGCUGGUGCUGCCCGCGGGGAUUCGGCGGACAGCGAUCCUCGGCCGGGCGCAGGAGCAGCAGGGGGAGCGGCAGGCGGAACAGGAGAAGCCUCGCGGGGGGGCGAUAAGAGUAUCCUCCCCCAGCAGCGCUCGUCUUUUGCCCUCCGCCACGUUGGGGCCACAGCGCGCGGCUUCCGGGGAAACAAGGGCGCGGGGAGAGGGGGGCGAGGUGGAGGUUGGGGGAGAGGAUACUUGGGGUCGUGGGGAAGACGACGAGGAGGGGGCGGCGGACGGCGGUGAUGACGGUGGCGAGGGGGCGAUGGAGGGGCGGACGGCGGAGGCGGGGAGGCGCAGGCCGCAAGAGCUUGAGGGGGGAAGGGGGAGCAGCAGUGAGGCGAGCGGGGAGGGGGGUUCUAGGCGGCGCAGAGGGGUCAGCAGAGGGCUGAGGGGUGAGGAGAGGGGAAAGAGGAAGGGGAGCGAUGAGAUGGAGAGGGAGAGGGAGGGGGAGGAGGAGAAAGAGAGGGGGCGGCGGAGUGGCGGAGUGGCAAGAGGCCCAGCUUUGGUGAACCGGGGCCUGUGGACGGCGGAGGAGGACGAGCGGCUGGCGGCGCUGGUGGCGGUGCACGGCGCCAAGAACUGGAGCGCCAUCGCCGCCGCCAUCCCAGGUCGACCUGGGAAGAGCUGCAGACUCAGGUGGUGCAACCAGCUGGACCCGUCUCUGAGGCGCGGGCACUUCAGCUUGGAGGAGGACGCGCGCAUCAUAGCGGGCCACGCGCAGCACGGCAACAAGUGGGCGCUCAUCGCCAAGGACCUCCCAGGCCGCACGGACAACGGCAUCAAGAACUACUGGAACUCCGCCAUGCGCCGCAAGUACCCCGUGCUGCGCGCCCUCCUCGCCAACCCCACGCCCGCCCCCUCACAGCCCCUCUCCACCUCCGCACCCCCUCAGCCCCAGCCCUCCCCAGCGCCCUCCCACCCGCCCACCCACCCGUCCGGACAGCAGGCCCCUGAGGGCGCGUACGAGCGUGCUGUGCGGUUCGUGGCGCGCGUGCGGGAGAGCGGGGUGGGCGCACUGGUGGAGGAGAUAGAGCGCGUGCGGGAGGAGGAGGGCGUGGGGCGCAUCCGAAAGAUCCUGGAAGGCUCGUCCCUGACUGACGCUGCUCUGCUGCAGGCCGUGGAGAGGGAGUGGCGCGAGAGAGAGGCGCGGGGGAGGGGGGCGGAGGGGCCAGGGGGGGAAGAGGAGGGGCUGGGGGAAGACGUUGAGGGCAUGGGAGGGGAUGGGCGGGCAGGGGGGCGAUUGAGGGAUGGGCAAGGACGCGAUGAGGACGGGAGAAACCGAGGAGGGGACGUGGGAGUGAGUGAGGGAGAUGAGAGAGCGGAAGGGAUGGGCGAGGGAGAGGAGAGUGAGGAGUGGGGAGAUGGAGAGCGCGCGGUGUGUGGAGCAGCGGAGCAAGUGAGUAGUGGCCCCGCUGGACGGCAUGGUGGUGGGGGAGGAGCACUCGGAGGGAGGAUGGGGAGGCGAUGCGGAGCAAGUGAACAGGAGGCGGAGGAGGGGAUGGGAGGCGGGAGGGCAGACUGGAGUGAGGGCGAGGGGAGGUUGGUGGAAAUGGUGGUGAGGACGGCUGAGUCUGACAGGCAGGCAGGGGCGGCAGGGGGUGAGGCGGCAGGGGGUGAGGCGGCAGUGGGUGAGGCGGCAGGGGGUGAGGCGGCAGUGGGUGAGGCGGCAGGGGGUGAGGCGGCAGUGGGUGAGGCGGCAGGGGGUGAGGCGGCAGUGGGUGAGGCGGCAGGGGGUGAGGCGGCAGUGGGUGAGGCGGCAGGGGGUGAGGCGGCAGUGGGUGAGGCGGCAGGGGGUGAGGCGGCAGUGGGUGAGGCGGCAGGGGGUGAGGUGGGGCAGAGAGCAGGGCGAGGAGAGCAGGAGAGAGCGAGUAUAGGCGAGGGUGGUGGUAGAGAAGCCAAUGGGUGGGUGCCUGCUUGCAGUGAUGGGUGGUCGGGGGAGCGAGAGGAGAUAGGGGGUGCGGGGGCAGGUGAAAGAGAGGGAUUGUGGUCAAGGACACAGGAGCAGGCAGGGCAAGGAGAUGCGAGCGAUGGCGUUGCGGGUGGAGGGGGUGGGGCGGGUGAGGCGAGAGGGGGGGCAUGUGGGGUGAAGGAAGAGGUGGGGGAUGAGGUCGGGGGAUUAGGGGAGGCGAGUUGGCUGCUCUCUCCAGUGGCUCACGCCAUGGCACCACAUGCGCCAGUGCACGGCCUGGCGUCACAUGCGCUGCCACAUAGCAUGACGUCAUGUGAGGCACCCACGGCUAUGGACCGCAAUGCAAGCAACAUGGGUUGUGACCAGGGCGGGAUGGAUGGUGACAUGCGCGCCACGGGCACCUUUGCUGCUGGCGAUGAGGUCGAGCAUGGGGGCUCCAACGGGGAGAGCAGCAGGAAGAGGAGGUGCACGGCAUGGCACGCUGAUGGGCAUGCUGAUGGCCAUGCUGAUGGCCAUGCUGAUGGGCAUGCUGAUGAGCAUGCUGAUGGGCAUGCUGAUGGCCAUGCUGAUGGGCAUGCUGAUGGCCAUGCUGAUGGGCAUGCUGAUGGGCAUGCUGAUGGCCAUGCUGAUGGGCAUGCUGAUGGGCAUGCUGAUGGUGGUCGUGAUGGUGAUUCUGCUGGUGACGGUCAGAGGAGCAAGAGACGCUUGUCUUGUCAGUUGGACCGCCCCCUUCGCUUCCGAGCCUCAGCUACCCCCCUGCCUGUCAACCAUACAGCUAAACAGCCGGCUGCCAUCCUGGCUGCACCCGCACCACCCACUGCUGCCUCCUCCCCUCCCCCCCAAUCACCACCGCCCCUGCUGCCAUCAACCUGCCCUGCCCCUGCUUACCACUCCUACUCGCCUGCACGCCCCCACGGCGCCGCCACCUGGGGGGGCGACGUGCAUGUGUCAGCACCGCCCUCCACGCCUGCCACUCCCUCCUGCCCCCCCUCCCUCCCCCACCCGCACCAUCGCUCUCUCCUCCCCGUUCACUCCUCCCUCCUCGCCCCCCUCCCCUCGGGCCUCUCGCACGCCUCCCUUCUCCCUGCCACCCACACUCUCUCCGCCCUCCGCCCUCCCUGCCUUCCAGCCGCUACUCCGACGCAGCUAGCCCCUCCUGACGGGGCGUCAGCCGCGGGUGCAGGUUCCAGCAGAGUGGUUCGCGCAGGGGGAGUGGCAGGGAUCUUUGGUGGCAGCAGGGUAAGGGCGGAUGUGGGGGCGUUUCAGCUGGGGAAGGUGUUCUCUGCGGUGCAGGUGACAGGGGGUGAUGGCAGCAACGGGGGGUGUGGGGGUGAUGAGGAGUGUGAGGUGGAGGCAAGGGAAGCGAACGUGUCAGGACGAGAGGGAAGGGAAGGCGAAGUGGGAUGUGGAGGGGAAGGGAUGGAGGUGGAGGGAGUUGUACUUGAGGAGAGCCGAGGGCAGCAGGGGAUGGCAGCCAGCGGAGUGGAGCAAGGGGGAGCCCCCUCCCCACAGCGAGCCAGGGAGAGUGGCUCACAGCAUUCACUGUUAAGGGUGCAGCCGGACAGGAGCCUUGGUGCUGCGGGCCCCAUUGCGGCAGAGCCACAGAGGGAUUGCCCCAUGGCAGUGCAGGGAUCAUGUGGUGGAGUGAACGCGCAUGUGCAGCGCGUGGCAGCAUCAGCGUGCGAGGUGGCGCGGCUGCUGGUGGACGAGCUGACGUGGCGGCACGGCGUGGCGGAGCGAGCAGGAGAUGAGGUCGAGGAGGAGAGGCAGGAGGGCAGGAGAUGGGGGAAUUGCGGCGAGGCCUUAGCAGGGCAGGCGGUGAAGGGUGGUCCUAGUUGCAUUGGCGCGCACUGCAGGAGUGACACCCGGUGCCGUGUUGAGUGUGAAGCACAGGGCGUGGCGUGCCAGCAUCUGCUGGACGCCAUGCUGGCUGUGUGCCUGCGACUCGCUGCACCCAUGGGGAGGAGGGAGCACAGCGGCGCGGGUGCGGAUGCACAUGAUGGUGUUCCAAUAUAGUUCGUUCCACUCUCGAUCAGAUUCCUUCCUUCGUGUAAGGUUGGUGUACAGUGCAUUUCGCUUAAGUAAAUUAGCUAUCCAAGGGCGGACAAAUCCUCCCUAAAAUAAUCUUCCGCUGUAUAAUGACAAUUAAAUAGAAAUAGAAGUACGAUAGAAAAUGCCAAUGUGCAACACGUUAACCCAUUACCG